GAGAGAAACGCCUGGAUGGUUUCUCCAGCCGUGGUCAGCUUCCCUCCACCCUCCAACGAUGGCCUCCAACUUCAGCGACGUGGUGAAGCAGGGCUAUGUACGCAUGCGCAGUCGCAAGCUUGGGAUCUAUCGUCGUUGCUGGUUGGUAUUCAGGAAGUCUUCCAGCAAAGGACCUCGUCGUCUGGAGAAGUACCCGGAUGAAAAGGCUGCCUACGUUAGAGCAAGCCCUAAAGUGACAGAGAUUAACAACGUCAAGAACAUUACUCGACUACCUAGAGACACCAAACGACAGGCGGUGGCCAUUGUCUUAGCAGAUGACACUUCUCGCACCUUCACCUGUGAAUCAGAGCUGGAGGCUGAGGACUGGUUCAAAAUGUUGUCCAUAGAGUGUCUGGACAUGCGGCUCAGUGACAUCAACAUGGGAGAACCGGACCUGCUGGCUGCUGGAGUGCAGUGUGAACACACAGAGCGUUUCAACGUGUUCCUCCUUCCAUGUCCCAACCUGAACAUCUAUGGAGAGUGUACGAUGCAGAUCACCCACGAAAACAUUUACCUGUGGGACGUCCACAGCCCCUGCACCAAGCUGGUGACGUGGCCUCUCUGCUCGCUACGGCGCUACGGACGGGACGCCACUCGCUUCACUUUCGAGGCUGGACGGAUGUGUGACGGUGGUGAGGGGCUCUACACGUUCCAGACCAGAGAGGGGGAGCAGAUCUACCAGAGAGUCCACUCCUCCACACUGGCCAUCGCUGAACAGCACAAGAAAGUCCUGCUGGAAAUGGAGAAAAACAAGCUCCUUUCCCAGGGCUCGGAGGCGGGAUCCUACCCCUGCACACCCACCGCUGUCCUGCCCCGCUCAGCCUACUGGCACCACAUCACUGGGAACCAGACCGGCAUGGAUCCUGGGACCAGUGAUUCUACGGAGGAGGAGUUUGUGUACACCCACCUGCCUCCUGACGGUCGUCAUGCCACACUGGCCCUUUCCAACACACAAGCACAGCAGCCCCAGACACGUCUGCAAUCCCCAUCACGCUGCCCCAUCUACCCCAGACACGGACACACGCAAAGGAAAACAUGAACAUUGAAAAUGAGGCUUGUA